AUCGUACAUAUGCGCAGCGACUCGGAACCAGGAAUCUUUGGACGAGAAAAAACUUCUGCCCGGCCAAUCUCCGUCAUUACAACUCGCACGCACUCACCCUGAUGUGCCUGUCGUCAACGUCAUGCCCCUUUCCCAAUCGUCUGUAUCUUCGAGACCGGCAGCAAGACUACUCCAUUUGGACUCAUAAAGCAACGGUCUACUGCUCGAGCAUAUACCACAGUCAGUACCAGAAUGGCGUACUGCCGAAGGAUCUGAUGAUCCGAACGUCAGCCUAGAUGCUGAGGUCCGUUGCACUCACGCGCCAGGGGACUCGGCGGCCCGGGACACGCUGUCGAUCGGUUGCGGACCCGCUGGUUCCUCACGGAGCACGCCGGAGCACGCCGGAGCCCCACCCAUUUCCGCCCGGCCGUGCAUCCAUACUCGGCGAUUCUGAAGAAACCAGACGAGCGAUCCCGUCGGCCGCCGGCUUUUGGCAAGUCAGCCACUUUGCCCGGAUCGACCUUGAGGGACCGGAUCGGUUUCAGCGGCUUUGGCUUCCAUGCUGCACAAUCCCUCGUUCUGUGUUUGAUGAAACCCUCACACAUCCAGGUCUGCCCACAAGAUCAAGACGUGCUCUCAUGUGACGAAAUCACAUUUUCCCCCCGAAGUGCUUUGAAAAUUGUUCCAGACCCAAAACCUUCAUCCUUGGCCAGCUUGGCCAGUAUGAUUUAAGAGGUCCACGUUUGGCCUCGCCACACUCAAUGCUUUCCCUUGGCGCCCGUGUUCUGCAAGAUUGACAUGGUCACUGAGUAAGCAAUCUGCGACAGACGAACGCAGGCCAAGAACUGGGCCACCGCUUGUAUGUGACUAUUCCCACCAAUUGGGCUGACUAGACCAACCGGUCAGAUUUAUUGCAUAACUAUUCUCGAAAAGUCUUGGGUUCAAUGGGACUAUCAACAUUGUCGUAUCUUCAUAGCUGGCUCUCGUCUAUACCUGCCUCAUCUUGAAUAAUAGAUAUCAGUAUGCCAUGAGCUUGUCAACUUGCUCAAGGCGAGUUUGGUACAGUCAUCGCGUCGAUUCGGCGGACAUCAAUCUAUGCCAAAGCCUCGGCCAACUAUGUGCAGGACGUUGCUCUGGUGUAACUGAUCGCAUUCUGAAAAGGGAAGGUAUAGGGAGCCGGACACAUGCCACGGUAUGGCGGGCUCAGUA